AUGGAAAACCUCAAAACCAGGCGGCUCCAACUUGCCAAAAGGACAGCCGAAUGUUCCAGAUAUGAGUUCCCGUCGCGGGCCCCAGAGAAAGCGCUCGCGGCUUUUGUAGAAUCCUCACAGCUCCAGGAGGCUGGUCCACACUAUGUCCUCCUGUGUUUCAAGGGGGCAAACCGAAACGGGGCGGGGGGGGGGGCGGGGGGGAGGGCAAAGGAACUUUCUCCAGGUCAGUCACAGCCAACUAGGGCCCUCGGGCUGCACAUGUUCCCACCGAAGCCGGCGCUACCACCUAGGCCCACCCCUACCACUCCUCAGCUGAAGCUCAUCAUCCCAAUUACCUCCAGCCCUCCAACAGGGCGGCGGGCUCUUUAUCCCCAGGAUACGCAGAGCUUCAUCAUCAACGUCACAAAACCUGCGCUUCGCGCACACACGUCCACUCCCCGGCUGUGGCCGAGACGCCAUGGCUCCGGACCGAGGCCGCGGCAAAAGCCCAGGACAGGGACCCAGGCGGGGGCUCCAGGCCCCGGUACCGUCGGAGCCCGCCGCUUCCUGCUUUGUCGCUACCUGAUGGGAUUCCUGGGCUGCUGGAGUGAUGUCGUCGGAAGCUGGUCUUCCUUGCUGGUGCGCGCCCUGUGCGGUGCCCUGGGCUGUGUCAUUCUUGGAGCAGCUACCAACGUGUUCCUCUCUGCCCUGGCUAGAGCCCCUGUGGGGAUUUUUAAGCACACGCUGUCCAUCUCAAGGGCUCUGCUCGCUGACCCGGUCACAGACAAGGAACGGCCAGUCGUGCUCGGACAGUUCAACACAGCCUGUGGUGUGGGCUUCAUCUUGGGCCCCGGGGUUGGAGGGUAUCUGGCUGAACUGGACGGUGCAUUUUAUCUCAUAGCCUUCAUCUGUUUUUCUGUCUUCAUUCUCAGCGCUGGCAAGUUGAUGUUUAGUCAUGAAAAGACGACACGCUGGGGGCAGGACGAGGCUGCUGCAGAGAGUGGGGAGGAGGAGAGGGGGCGGGGCGGGCGGCCGCCAGGUCUCAGGGCGGCGGUGGCCUGCCAGGUCGUGAGCGCCGUGGCCUCCUUGUCCUCACGCCACUUUGCACGCAGUGUCUCCUCGGCCACCACGGCCGUUCCCUCACUCUUGAUCCCCUCAGCCCUUUGCACCCUUGCUCUGAUUGCCACUUCGCCCGAGAAAGGUCUCCUGCGGCUGUUUCCAUGGAGUGAAGUAGAACUCAGGAGUCCAGAGGAUGACCCGCCGUGGGGCAGGAACCGGGCACGCCGGGGGCAGGACAGACUCUGCGGCGCGGGCGGCGGCCAGGCGGCCCCGGGCGCAGUUGGGGCCACCCUGCGGGGCCUCGAGGGCCUGGCGCGCUCCGCCGUGCGGGACGUGUUCCUGGCGCACCUGCUGACGGCCAUGGCCGCCAUGCUGUACCACGGGAACUUCGUCCUGGCCCUGGAGGAGCACUUCGGGGUGAGGCCCAGGGCGGUGGGCUGCCUUAUCGGCUGCAGCGGCGCCCCGGGGGUCCCGGCCGGCUUCGCCCUGGGCCUCCUGCAGCUGUACGGGCACCGCCCCCGGCACCUCCUGCUGCACUCGGGCGUGCUCACCUGCGCGCUGCUGCUGUUCUUCGCCGCGGCCCGCGGCCUGGGCCUCGUGGCCGCCUGCUCCACGCUCCUGUGCGGGGCCUGCAUCACCGACCUCCGGCUGACCGCGGGCGCCCGGGCCAGCGGCUCCCUGCUGGGCAUGGGGCGGUCCGUGACGGCCGGCCGUGGGCCGUGUCCUCGGCCCCUCCUCUCCGGGGUGGCCCAAGAGGUCAGCCCCUGCGGUCCUCCAGGGCUGGGGGCAGCCUUAGCCUUGGUGGCCGUUGUCAUCAUGUCACUAAACAGACCUCGCGCUGCGGGUGACGGCGCCGAGGAGUUAAAAAGGGAGUAGGUGGAUCGGGACCGGGGACCAGUAGCGUCACAUCCCUGGAGCUCCUCAGACAGGCGGACACUCGCCCGCCUCACACCUGCGGGGGCCACUUUCACAAGACACCCAGGUGCUUUGUUUGCACAGGAAAGUUUGAAAACCACCAGUCUGAUGGACAGUAUUUGUAUAGUUUAUGGCAUAUGACCUCAGGGAAGUUAA